AUGUCUGCUCCUACCCCCCCUCUGCCACCCGAUGAGGAUCGAUCCAGCGUGCUGUUUGGGACGGCCGUUGGGCUUCUCAUCCCAGCUGGAAUCAUGAUCAUACUUCGAACCGGGGUUCGUGCCUUUAUGACCAAAAAUAUGAGCUGGGAUGAUUGGUUGAUGAUCAUCUCCAUGCCUUUUGUCAUGGGCGGAGAAAUUAUUUCAAUUGUCUCCACACGGUAUGGCAUGGGGCGACAUAUCUUCUACCUGUCUCCGGAGGACAUGGUGAUGGCGCUUAAGCUCAACACCAUUGCGCAACCGUUUAACGUCCUGGGCCUAUUCUUCGUCAAGGCUUCAAUUGUGGCUCUGCUUAUACGCUUGAAGUGUAAGACUUUGUACAAGGCUAUUCUGUACACGACGUUAGCCUUUCUUCUAACAAUUACGAUUGUCGGUGUGGUCAUUGCCUUUGCUCAAUGUCAGCCGUUCGAGAAGAACUGGUUUGUCCAAAUGCCCGGAACCUGCUGGAGCCGGGAUGUUUUCACAAACGCACUGUAUAUCCUCCAAGCAAUUACUAUUGCGACUGAUGUGUGCUAUAUUGUUAUUCCCAUUUUUAUGCUCUGGAAUGUGCAGAUGGCCAAGGCCACCAAACUCGGUGUCCUGGGCGUGAUCGGGCUUGGAUUUAUUUCCAUGGUUUGUUCAAUUGUCGCUAUUCCUUUUGUGCAUCAGUUGGCCAAGAGCGUUGAUAUCACUUGGGAAGUUGUUGACCUGGCAGCCAUUAAAAUUGGAGAAGCCAAUGUUGCUAUUAUCGUCGGCUGUAUGCCACCCAUGCAGCCGGUGUUCAAGAAGAUCAAUCAGCGUUUCUUCAAACAGAAAACCGUUACGGGCAACAGCUACGAAGAACGAUUGGCGCGACUGAAGCUCAAACCUGGCGAAUAUGAAAUUCUCAGUGGCAAAUCCAAAAACAGCAAAAACAGCAAAAACAGCAAAAACGACAUUGAUUCUUACAACCACACUUUUGCCAGCGACACCACAAAAAGGGAUCCCAGCAUAGACGGCCACGAGAUGUAUCUACUCGAAAAUGGUACGGCCCCUGCCGGGCGAGCUCAUGAAUAA